AUGAAUCCGAAAUCCGACCAGAGCUACAGUAUCGGUGCAAACAGCGAUUUGCUUACAUUUGGUACCAAGUCGCUGAGCGAGAAACAGACCAAACUGGAAGCAGACCAUGACGCUGUUGACCGCGUCAGGUCCGCCCAGUUCGCUGCAAUUCCUUCGUCGUACUCACUUCGCUUGUCUCUCAGUUUCCUUGCUAUCAUUCCCGCGAUAGCCCGGAGAAUUGUCGACAAUACCACUCUCCAUGUGUACUCGGCCCAAAUCUUGAGUCCUAAUGCAGACCAAUUCACCUUCAUCCUUCACAUUUCCCUAGAUGUUCCUCGAGGGCUGCGAAUACGAACAGAUCCAUUGAACCUGAGCUUGUUUAACCGCGACGUCACACCCAUGGAGCCAUACUUAACUGUCGCUCUGCCAGGUUACAGCCUCAGAGGAAAGACCGAAUUGAGUAUUACCAGAAAUGUUACCGAUAUUCUGAAUAUGAAACAAUUUGUCAAUACGUUGGCAAGUGCUGUUUAUAACAAAAGUUUCACUAUAUCUGCGAAAGGCUCUACUAUUGGUCAUCUCGGUGCCCUAAAGACCCCAUUAAUUGUCGACAAAGAUAUUGAGCUAAAGGGACUGAAUAAGCUGAGUGGCUUCUCUAUCGACUCCGCACGGCUGAUUAUCCCAAAAGAAGCGGAUGGGACGAAUUUGGUUGGCGUUGUGAUCCUUCCUAACUAUUCGGUCUUCACCUUUGCUCUGGGCAAAGUGACACUUAAUUUACAAAGUUCAGAUAUGGUUAUUGGACAAGCCACCCUCGAAAAUGUUGUUCUAAAACCAGGAAACAAUUCAGUAUCCCUUCGUGGUCAGCUAGAUAUGGAUACUGUGAUUGAUAAUCUUCCGGUCAUUCUGUCCACGCCAAAGUCUGCUUUGAUGGACGGUGAACUCGAGCUUAAUGCUUCUGGGAACUCAACAAUCUACGAUGGGAAGCACAUUGCAUAUUAUGAGAAGCUAUUGAAUAAUCUAACUAUCACCACAAAAGUUCCAAUUUUAAUGAUACUGCUGGACACGGUGCGUGGGCUGCUAGAUACCACAGGGUUGGGGGACGGCAAUGGGAUAAACAUUACAACUAUUAUGGGUGAUAUGUCAAAAGUCAUGGAUACAGCACUCGCCGCGAGGUCGCUUAAGUUUUUCAUGGAUGGUUGUGACCCAGUCAUAAGUACAAAUUUAAAAAAUUAA